CCAGCUCCGGGUUCCUGUAAACCCGGGGCAGCCCAGGCAACCUUGCGGACUCUACCUUUCCACUACCUUCGCCAGACGUCCAUCCCCUGGAUUCGCGCCUGCAGAGAUGGCUGCCCAGUGUGUUACCAAGGUGGAGCUGAAUGUUUCCUGUGACAAUCUCUUGGAUAAAGAUGUAGCCUCAAAGUCAGACCCUUUGUGUGUGUUAUUUUUAAACACAAGUGGACAUCAGUGGUAUGAGGUUGAACGUACAGAGAGAAUUAAGAAUUGUCUGAGUCCCAAGUUUUCCAAGACAUUUAUUAUUGAUUACUACUUUGAAGUGGUUCAGAAAUUGAAAUUUGGAAUUUAUGACAUCGACAACAAAACCAUUGAGUUGAGUGAUGAUGACUUCCUAGGAGAAUGUGAAUGUACCCUUGGACAAAUUGUUUCCAGUAAGAGGAUAACUCGACCACUGGUACUUAAAAAUGGAAAACCUGCUGGAAAAGGGAGUAUUACGAUUUCAGCAGAAGAAAUAAAGGAUAAUAGAGUGGUCUUAUUUGAAAUGGAAGCCAGAAAACUGGAUAAUAAGGAUCUUUUUGGAAAGUCAGAUCCAUACCUGGAAUUUCACAAGCAGACAUCAGAUGGAAACUGGCUAAUGGUUCAUCGAACAGAGGUUAUUAAGAAUAACUUGAAUCCUGUUUGGAAGCCUUUUAAAGUCUCUCUUAACUCCCUGUGCUAUGGAGACAUGGACAAAAUCAUUAAGGUAGAGUGUUAUGAUUAUGACAAUGAUGGAUCACAUGAUCUUAUUGGAACAUUUCAAACUACCAUGACAAAACUGAAAGAAGCUUCCAGGAAUUCACCUAUUGAAUAUGAAUGCAUAAAUGAAAAGAAGAGACAAAAGAAAAAAAGCUAUAAGAAUUCAGGUGUUAUCAGUGUGAAACUCUGUGAGAUAACAGUAGAAUGCACAUUCCUUGACUACAUCAUGGGAGGAUGUCAGCUGAAUUUUACUGUGGGAGUAGACUUCACUGGCUCCAAUGGUGACCCAAGGUCUCCUGAUUCCCUUCACUACAUUAGCCCCAAUGGUGUCAAUGAGUAUUUGACUGCAAUCUGGUCUGUGGGAUUGGUCAUUCAAGAUUAUGAUGCUGAUAAAAUGUUUCCAGCUUUUGGUUUUGGAGCUCAGAUACCUCCUCAGUGGCAGGUAUCCCAUGAAUUUCCAAUAAACUUUAAUCCAGCCAAUCCCUACUGUAAUGGAAUCCAAGGCAUUAUAGAGGCAUACCGGGCCUGCCUUCCUCAGAUCAAACUCUAUGGACCAACUAACUUUUCUCCAAUCAUAAACCACGUGGCAAGGUUUGCAGCUGCAGCGACACAGCAACAGACAGCUUCUCAAUAUUUUGUGCUCUUGAUAAUUACUGAUGGUGUGAUCACAGACCUUGAUGAAACCAGACAAGCUAUAGUUAAUGCUGCCAAGCUGCCUAUGUCCAUCAUCAUUGUUGGAGUUGGAGGAGCUGACUUCAGUGCCAUGGAAUUUCUGGAUGGUGAUGGAGGAAGUCUCCGUUCCCCAUCUGGCGAGGUGGCCAUCAGAGAUAUUGUUCAAUUUGUACCUUUCAGACAAUUCCAGAAUGCUCCUAAAGAAGCCCUGGCUCAGUGUGUCUUGGCGGAGAUUCCCCAGCAGGUGGUGGGCUACUUCAACACAUACAAACUCCUUCCUCCCAAGAACCCAGCGACGAAAUAACUGGAGCCACAAUCACAGCCAAGGGAACUCCUCUGCCUCCUCUAUGAGAAGCGAUGCCAUCAUGUACACACAACCAUGAAUCUGCCACGUUGUGUACUCCUCACCCCCAGCGUUUAGGAUGCAGAUGUUGUGGGUUUUUAGUUUUAUUUUUUGAAGAUUCUUUUUAAAGCAUAGUUUCUGUGCUUUUUGAAGCAGCCAGUGCCAAGUCCAACUUUACCCAACCAAUUCAGCUACUGCAGAUGAUUUACAGUAAUUGUACGGAAGCCAUUUGGAUUGGAACUUAGUACAGGGAAAGCUGGUUUUUGUUGUUUUGUUGUUUACUACCCUGUGGUGAAAAUGUCAUGUUUUAAUGUUUGCCAUUAGGAAGAAUGGGCGAUUGUUAAGAUGAUGUACUUUUUGCAGCUUGCUGGGCUUUGCAGCAAACGUUUCACAAUCAAUGUCCAGGUCAUUGACUAAGCAAGCUUCGUAAAUUAGACCAUCCUGACUUUGCUUUGAUAGUCCUAUCUUCACUCCUUCCUCUGAGGUUCAAACUACAUGGUAUACUUUUGCUGCAUGUAGUCUACAUGUAGUCUCACAGGACCACAGGGAAUGAAAACAUGUACUCAAUGUUUGAAAUGCACAGUUAAUAAGUAGGGAGCUUCUCAUGCCUUUUUAGGUUUCUAUUGUCAUUGUGGAGCACUGUAAGCGUGCUUAAUGAGACACUCAGGAUUCUGUAGAAGCAUAGAUCUUAAACUGUCCCAGAUUCAACAUCACUAGAUUAUUUUGAGUUUGUUAAAUGGUUAGUAUUUGUUUUUAGGAAAGCAAAGAGGACCAAACAUAAAGGUGAAAAUUCAAAAUUCUAGUUCCUUCUGAAUAAAGAAAGAUUAAUUUAAAUAGAAAGGCUGCCAAGUAAUUUUUAUACUUCUCCUUGCUAAGGUCCCAUAUAUUAAUUUGUACAGAUUUAUUUAGACAUUUUUUCCUUUUUUUCAUUUAUUUAGACAUUUUUCUGCUUUUUACCCAUUAUGCAUGCAUUAAUCAAAAUCACCUUUAGCAUCUUAAUAGCAUACAAUUUCAUAAUUCUCAGAUUUCAUCCUCCUGAGUAGCUAGGAUUACAGGCAUGAGCCACCAGUGGCUCUACUUUUUCUUUGAAGAGUAGAAUAUAUUUUCCUAACUGUACCCAUUAGGAAUAUUAUGUAUUAAAUAUUGCAUUUUCAGAGUAGAUUCAGUAACCUUUGAUUAAGGAACUGGGUGCCAAGGACUGUGCAUAUCUAUAUCUAUAUGUUGUCCCCUAUGAGAACAUUUAAAAUUGUGUGCUUAUCCCAUGUCCCUGAGUGGAUGCCCAAAGCAGCUGUGUGAUUAGACUCUCCACAUUAUUGGAGAUCUGCUGCACAUCCUCUGCCUCUUCUCUCUACAGCAUGUGAAGGAAGUAAGCAGUCUGCCACUAACACCUUAGCUUCCUGAAAAAGCUCAUAACGUACCUACUUGCCACAGGUACUGAGCCUAGGUGGGCAGUUUAUCCCUUCAUACUUGGCUAUCUGGCCUCUGGGGGUGACUCUUAACCCCCAGACCCCCACCUAAUAGGCUGCUAAUCUAUUGAAUGGCUCAUCAGCUAAUAAAUUAUUUCAAAAUUAUCAACAGAAAAGAAAAUUGAGCAUUUUUUCCUUUUGUUGAGACUUCAUUGUUUCAGAUGUCCUGAUUUUGGUUCUGUGUACUUGUGAACAGAAUAGAUGAGUUGCUAUAGUUUGCCAUGUUCCCUUCUUUAAACAUAGAAAUGUGUUUAAUAAACGACUUACAUAUAUUCUCAGUGUGUGGAAAACAGUAA